AUGAAGCCCGGAGCAGUUUUGUCCGUGAUACAGCAUCUCGUGCCACAUGAGCUUGGAGGCCGCUCUGCACUGAGGCUCGACACCGAUCGGUCUCAUCUGCAGAAGGCCGUCCACAGCGUAAUGUCCGUCUGCCAUCCUCCCUUCCUCACACGCCGUAACGACAAGCGCCGAACACCUGCAAUUCCUCGCUUCAGUCUUCACAUACAUUUGGUUCCUAUUCCGUGA